CUAUUUUUUAAUUUCCAAUACUCUACUACCGCCUUCCCUCCAUAUCCGUCCGAACUAUAAUUUCCCUCCCUUCCCUCGUUGUCUCAACCCUCGUCCUUCCCUCCUCCCAUCUUCCCUCUUUUCCCGAAAUCCCUCGGACCCCGAUCGGAACACUAAUCCCCCGUCCUCCCGCCACCGAUCCCCCGCCGGACGGAUCGAACGCCUCGAUAUCUCCUCCCGAUCCCCGCCGCCCGGGAUCCGGCUGUUGGAGCCGACCAGAACGAGGCUUUUGGCUCCGGAUCUGGUCUCCUUCUCCAAUCUUGCUCGAGAUCGACGUAUUGUUUAUUCAAUUUCGUCGGAUUAUAUGUCCGGCGGCCGAGCGGAGGCGAAAUGCUCGGGUCAGCCAUCGGGGCAGAUCUUCCAGCCGAUCAAGAGGCCAAGCUUUGUGUCGCCCGAUGAGUACCACCGGUUCUCCUCCACUGGAGGCCGGCCGGCCACCGGUGAGGUGGCCGAGGCCGCCGUUGUCAAGACUCCAUUGAAGCAAAAGCUAAAACAAGAAAACACUGAAGCUGCUAAAUCAAGCGAGUGGACAACCAGCCCAGGAUGUGCUGAAAUGAUUAUCAGACCCCUUCAAACACCUGUCUCGGCAAAAGGAGGUAGAGCCUGUGGUAGGCUCAAGGUUGCAAAGUACAAUAAGUCGGGACCUCAAACACUUGUGUCAAAUGCAGGUUACCCUUCUGGUAAUCCUGUCACACCUGUUGGUACUUGCCGCUAUGACAACUCUUUAGGACUCCUAACAAAAAAGUUCAUCAAUUUGCUUAAACGUGCACAGGAUGGCAUCCUUGAUUUGAAUAAGGCUGCAGAAACUUUGGAGGUGCAAAAGCGGCGGAUAUAUGACAUUACAAAUGUCCUCGAGGGAAUUGGUCUCAUAGAGAAGAAACUCAAGAACAGAAUAUGUUGGAAGGGACUUGAUGACUCGAGGCCAGCAGAGAUUGACGAUGCUGUUUCAAGUUUACAGGUAGAAGUUGAAAGUCUUUCAAUGAAAGAUCACAACUUAGAAAAUUAUAUAAGUGAAAUGCAACAAAAGCUAAGGGAUUUUUGUGAAGAUGAAAACAAUCAGAACAGGUGGCUAUAUGUGACUGAAGAUGACAUCAAGGGCAUACCCUGCUUUAAGAAUGAAACACUAAUCGCAAUUAAAGCACCCCAUGGCACUACUCUAGAAGUCCCAGAUCCUGAUGAGGCUGUUGACUAUCCCCUGAGAAGAUAUAGAAUUGUUUUGAGAAGUACCAUGGGCCCAAUAGAUGUUUAUCUUGUUAGUCAAUUUGAGGAGAAGUUUGAGGAGUUGAGUGGCAUGGUGGUACCUCCAAGCCUGCCACCUAUAUCAAAUUCCAGGCCUGCUGAGACUGCAGCAUCCACGACAGUAACAGAAGGGUGCAGAGGAAAGGUGCUUGAGGUUCAAGAUCCUCGGAGGAUGUGUACAUAUCUCAAUUCUUCUCAGGACCUUGUUGGCGGGAUGAUGAAGAUUGUUCCUUCAGAUGUUGAUAUUGAUGCUGAUUACUGGCUUCUAUCAGAUGCUGAUGUCAGUAUAACAGAUAUGUGGGGAACAUCUCCCGAAGUUCCAUGGGAUUUGGGGGGCAGGUUUGAUGCCAACUUCAUGCUGGGUAGCACCAGCAUCCCUUGGCCUCAAACUCCAUCAUCUAGUGUUGCUGAAGUUCUUCCCAGCGGUAACUCCACUCAGAGAUGAAUACAGGAUUGGUGGAAAAUCUAGCAAUAGAGUGCAGGAUAGGCUACUGGGACAGCUGUUUGUGAAGUUGCAAUAGGCUGAGUUAGCUGCAGUUGAAAGUUGUAUAGCUACUCCGACGUAUAGCUGAGUAACGUAUGUGAUCAUGAGCAACCGAUGAAAAAUAAAUUUGGAUACCUGCUUUUCUGAAGCUAUCAUGUAUGCGGCAACCAUAUCAUUGAGAGUAAGCAACGAAUUUGAAAGAAUCAGAUGGCAUCUCUCUCUCUCUCUCUCUCUCUCUCUCUCUCUCUCUCAUGCUUUUGCAAGAAGUUAUCCGGUCAGGCUUGUACUCGCCUACUGCAUGUAUCGUCUCGCAAGUCUAUUGAUUUAAAGUUACAUUGUAUGGUUCCGCUUGGCAGCAAAUUGAGGGCUUCUCCGUGCCCAGUAUUUGUAAGCA